AUGUGGCACGUCUACGUGAGAGCAAGACACGCCAAGCGGGUGGACCGGGCAUUACGCCUGUGGCUUCACCCCUCGACUCCAAAGAAAGAUUUUCCGUGGUGCGCCGUCACCCACUACAUCAGCGAUUGGAAGGCAGCUCAAAAUGGGAUAAUCAGUGUCAAGGCCGUUGGUCCAGUGAAGGAUGAGAAUCUGACCAUGAUUUCGAAGCACAACGAUUUUGUUGAACUUACCCAGGCCAAGUACUGCCCAGUCGAGAUCCCAGGAAUGCUUAAACAGGCGACCACAAAAGACUUUGGCCCUCGCACCUGUUUGUCCAUGUUCCUCUCGGUCAAGGCACGGCCAUUGCACGCUGAUAAAGUUGCUGCUGCCAAUGUGGACACCGAUUCCGACUCUGACGAUUCUCUCCUUGAUGACAUCUCUCACAAAAUUACAAAAGUGACGACCAAAGGGAAGACGAAGAUAAAGAAGAAGGUCCCAAAAACUUCCAAGCAUUUGUCUCUUGAGAACGAGGGCCCUGUUCUGACACCAGCGCAACAGCGCCGAGCCCGAGAGUCGGAAAGGAAGCGAAAGAUGGACCUGGAGAAUAAUGUCCCAAGCCCGCUGUUCAUCAUGGUUCUACCUGGCGAAAUGGAAGGGACUUAUCUCUUCAUCAGCCGGUUGAAGUAUGCAGCCUUGGCAACAAAUGUUUUGAAAGGACUGGAACUUGUGUGGUGCUUGGAGACUCUACGGGCACGACCAGCCGACCAAACUCAACAGGGCGUUGACGAAGCCAUCGACUUUCUGGAUGGGUUUGGCUCUGAUCCCCUUGAUGUCGGUGAAGCAAAGUUGGAAUUUGAUAUGGAUAUGGCCGACGCUAAAGAUAUUGACGACGGAGCUACGGUCGCUGGCGCCAUGGAUGAGUUGCUGGAAAAGGAUAGUCAACUGGAGGCUGCUAUCACGGAGAUUGAAUUCAAGGACAAUCUCUUCUCCGAACAGAAUUCUGCUUUGGAGGCCGAACGAUUACGAUCUGAACAGUUGGCGCUCGAACUUGCCGCAAUGCGCUUACUACAACAGACAUCAGCAAGCCGCACGGAUCAGCCUACUCAGCUUGACGACAGUGGGCCUUCCAACAAGUCGCCUACGGAGGAGGAUAUUCCUCUCUCAGAACAGCCACACUCACCGUCCACUCCGGCACGAUCCAACCAGCCAGGUCCCCUCACCUCCCCACUGCCGGGAUCUCCUUCUCCGGCACCUGGGCCCAAGGCAAUGUUACCACCUCAGAGUGCUGUCACUCGCCCCAAAUCCUUUGUCGAGUCAGUGACUCCGGACCAAGCCCCGAGGACGGCACCUACAGCACGUCCUCCCAAGCGGGAUGGUUGUCCCACUGCAGAGUCUAUCACUCCGUCCUUGACUGACACUCAAGGUUCGGGGAGCCAAUCCGAUGCAUCUACCCCGUCGGUCUUCCCCAUCUUCCGCCACCCUCAACAGUCUCCUCCCUCCGUCCCGGUUAAGGGCAAGAAGGGUAAGAAGACACCAUUGGCCGGCCGUGGAGCUUCCCGCUCCACGGCAGGGCAAUGA